AUGAUCCCCACAUAUGAGCUGCGAGAGGGAGACGCUGUGAAGAAUGCGAUCCAGCGCAUCAUAGUCCCGCUUGAACACGUCAACAAAAACGCCCCAGAUGUCGCUAUGGAAUGCAUGGAUCUUUUCCUGACCUUCCAUGCAUCUUUCGCGCAUAAAAACAUGCGAUUGCUCGCCGCUACUGCAAUUGGACUUUGCUUGCGUCAAGGAGGCGAUGUCUAUAUAUUGUCAUCUCUACUAGAGAAGCUCGAGGCGCCUACAAUUCCCAAUGUCGACGAAGUCUUUGACCUGGUAGCCGGUAGCGUUUGGAGCUGCCCUGGCGUAUUGAUGAUCCUUGAUGUCAAGAAGCCUCUGCCGUCUUACAUGCACAAAGCUCUCACGAGAUCGAACUUGGUCUGA